AUGGUAUGGAACAGAAAUAGAACUUCCCUUUUAAUAAUUGGGGUCCUUUUUCAUCUCUUUUAUCUAUGGUCAAUAUUUGAUAUAUACUUUGUAUCACCCUUGGUUCACGGAAUGUCCCAAUACCGUAGUACAAACAAUCCACCUGCUAAAAGAUUGUUUUUAAUUGUAGGUGAUGGAUUGAGGGCAGACACCACUUUUGAUAAAAUCACACAUCCAGUAUCAGGUGAAACGAACUUUCUGGCACCUUUUAUUAGAUCUAUUGUCGAAAAUAAUGGAACUUAUGGAAUAUCACAUACAAGAAUGCCCACAGAGUCACGUCCAGGCCACGUUGCUAUGAUUGCAGGGUUUUAUGAAGAUGUUAGUGCGGUUACGAAAGGUUGGAAGGAAAACCCUGUCGAUUUUGAUAGUUUUUUUAAUCAGUCUACCCAUACAUACUCUUUUGGAUCCCCUGAUAUUUUACCAAUGUUUAAAGAUGGAGCUUCUGAUCCAAAUCGUAUAGAUACCUGGAUGUAUGGUCAUGAAUUUGAAGAUUUUACUCAAUCUUCAAUAGAAUUAGAUGCCUAUGUUUUUAAACAUUUGUAUUCUUUAUUCAAUAAUGCUACUAUAAAUAGUACACUUAAUACUGAAAUAAGACAACAAGGGAAUGUCUUUUUCUUACACCUAUUAGGUUGCGAUACUGCUGGCCAUUCUUAUAGACCAUAUUCUGCGGAAUAUUAUGACAACGUGAAGUAUAUUGACACUGAAAUUUCAAAAUUAGUUGAAAAAGUUAAAGAUUUUUUUGGUGAUGAAGAUACUGCGUAUAUUUUUACGGCUGAUCAUGGUAUGAGUGCCUUUGGUUCUCAUGGCGAUGGCCAUCCUAAUAAUACUAGAACUCCACUUGUAGCAUGGGGUGCUGGUUUAAAUAAACCCAAGAGGAAUAAUGUUCCGGUUUUCGAUAAUUAUACUAAAUCAUGGGAGUUAGGUCAUAUUGUAAGAAAUGAUGUUAAACAAGCUGAUAUUGCAUCAUUGAUGGCUUAUCUAAUUGGUGUGAACUAUCCUGCCAACUCUGUUGGGGAACUGCCACUAUCUUACAUUGAUGGAGAUGAAGAUAACAAAUUAAAAGCAUUAUACAACAAUACUAAAGCUAUUCUAGAACAAUACGUUGUGAAAAGAGAAGAAGUUAAGAAUUCUCAGUUUGUAUUUAAAGAUUAUCAUAAAUUUGUUGAAAAACCUUUUGAAGAUCAUUUAGAUGAAAUUCAUUCUAUUAUCGAUCGAAUUGCUAAAGGAGAAAUUGAUUUAGAAGAACAAGCUAUUUCUAUGAUUGAAAAUCUUAUGACAACCACACUGGAGGCACUACAUUACUUAACCACAUACAACUGGAGAUUAAUUAGAACAAUUGUCACAUUAGGAUUUAUUGGAUGGGUUGUUUUCUCAUUCAGUAUAUUCUUAAAGUUAUUUAUUAUUCCUAGUCAUCAAAACAUUAAAGGAAGAAUCACACUAUUAAAUUUAACCUUUUUCAUUUUGGUUAGUUUAUGCUUAAACUGGGUCUUAUACUACCAACGUUCUCCAUUCAAUUUCUACAUGUACUUACUAUUCCCACUAUAUCUAUGGUGUCAAAUUGUUGCUAAUCGAUAUGUGUUACAAAUAGGUAUCAAAGAAUUAUUCCGUGGAAUUUCUGUAUUAGAAAGAAUUACAAUUGCUUUCUUAAUAGUAAUGAUCUAUGAAGGGAUUGUAUAUGGAUUUUUCCAUCGAUGGAUUUUUAGUAUAAUAUUUAUUUUAUUUGCAAUAUAUCCAACAGUAUGUGGAUUGCAAACUAAUUUGCUAAAAACCUUAGCCUGGUGUUUUACAUGUAUUUUUAUGUCUACUUUCACAUUAUAUGAUGCAGUUAAAAUAGAAGAUCUGACCCAAAUUAAUUAUGCUGGCUAUUUAAUUAUUAUUAGUUCAUUUUAUGGAUUGAAAAAAGUUAACAAAAGCAUUUCAUCUAAUACAAGAACAAUACUUUUAGUUCAAAUGCUAUUAGCAAUCUUAAUGUUAAUUGUGACUAAUAAAUCAGUUGUAUCUUUACAAAAAAGAGAAGGUUUACCAUACAGUGCCCAAAUCUCAGGUUGGUCUUUAUUAAUAAUUUCUUUAUUUAUAACACCAUUUUUCCAUUAUUUAACACCUAGUAAUAACUAUAGAGUCAGAUUAUUAAUCAUUUAUCUAACAUUUGCACCUACAUUUAUUAUAUUGACAAUAUCAUUUGAAUUAUUGUUUUAUGUGUUUUUCACAGCCUUUGUUGUUCAAUGGAUUGAAAUUGAAUCAAGCUUAAAACAACAAAGUGUAAAAGACAACUGGUUGCAAUUGCUAAGAGUUUCAGUAAUUGGAUUUUUCUUAUUACAAGUAGCAUUCUUUGGUUGUGGUAAUGUUGCAUCAAUAUCAUCUUUUUCCUUAGAUUCAGUUUACAGGUUAUUACCAAUAUUUGACCCAUUCCCCAUGGGUGCAUUAUUAAUGUUAAAAUUAAUUAUUCCAUAUAUUAUAUUAUCAUGUGGAUUAGGUAUACUUAAUAUGAAAUUAACUAUAAAGGAUUACACAAUAUCUACAUUAAUUAUAUCAACAAGUGAUAUAUUGUCAUUAAAUUUCUUCUAUUUAUUGAAGACGGAGGGAUCAUGGUUAGACAUUGGUAUCACCAUAUCUAACUAUUGUUUAGCUAUAUUGUCAUCUUUGUUCAUGUUAGUAUUAGAAAUGGUUAGUCAUAUUUUACUAAGAAAUGUGACAAUAGAAGCGACUCCACUGGAGGAUAUCGAAAAGAAGGAAAAAUAA